AUGUUUGCAUUUAAAGCUUCGGCUCAACAGGGCACACAUAUGUUUAGAGCCAAGAUUUUAAGCAAAUGUGCUUUUAGAAGAAAAAUGAGUUCCCGGCUUGUUCUCGGCAUUGAGACAAGCUGUGACGAGACAGGUGCGGCUGUAAUGGAUGAAACAGGCUUAAUCCUUGGAGAAUCUCUUCAUUCACAAAAAGAGGUGCACCUGAAGACUGGUGGGAUUAUUCCCACUGUUGCCCAGCGGCUCCACAGAGAGAACAUAGGCCGCAUUGUCCAGGAGGCCAUGGAGAGGAGUGGCGUCACCCAGAGUCAACUGUCUGCUGUAGCCACCACAGUGAAGCCGGGCCUGGCCCUGAGUCUGGGGAUAGGCCUGGACUUUAGCCUGAACUUUGUAAAGCUACACCAGAAGCCCUUCAUCCCCAUCCACCACAUGGAGGCCCAUGCCCUGACAGUCAGGAUGCUCCAGCCUGUAGUAUUCCCCUUCCUUGUCCUCCUAGUCUCCGGAGGUCACUCUCUCUUGGCUCUGGCCAGAGGAAUCGAUGACUUUCUUCUCCUGGGUCAAACACUGGAUGAAGCUCCAGGGGACACUAUGGACAAGGUGGCAAGACGUUUGUCACUCAUCAAACACCCAAAGUGCUCCAUGAUAAGUGGGGGUCAAGCAAUAGAGAUUCUGGCUCGAGAUGGAAACAGGUUGAAGUUUCUCUUCAAGCCACCAAUGGGAGCGCACUAUGACUGUAACUUCUCAUUUGCUGGUCUGCGAAACCAGGUGACGAUGUCAAUACAGAAAAAAGAGGAAGAGGAAGGUGUGGAGCAGGGAACUUUGUUGUCAUGUGUUAAUGACAUAGCUGCUGCUACGCAGCACGCAGUGGCCUCUCACAUUGCCAAGCGCACACAUCGUGCCAUUUUGUUCUGUAAGGCCAAAGACCUUCUGCCUUCCUGCAAUCCAACACUGGUGGUGUCAGGAGGAGUUGCCAGUAACCAGUACAUCCGAAAGAUUUUGAAGAUUGUCACAGACACCACUGGAUUACAUUUGCUUUGUCCUCCAUCCAAGUUUUGUACUGACAAUGGAGUCAUGAUCGCAUGGAAUGGAGUUGAGAGACUGAGGGAAGGAAAGGGCAUCCUGUCCCAUACUGAGGAGGUCAACUAUGAGCCCAAAGCUCCCCUGGGUGUGAACAUAACAGCAGAAGUGAAGGAGGCAGCUAUCAAACUUCCACCAUUAAAGCUGAGGGUUACGGACUGACGUUCACUUAUGUACAUAUCCAUAUAAUUCCUACUAUUUACCAUUAAACUUUUGAAAUACA